CGGGGGCGGAACGAACUCGUCCAAACACAACGCGGAGGUUGCCCGGCGAAGUUUGUCCCUUUGGAGGCGCCGUCCCCCUCUGCGCCCGGUUCGGGUCACGUGAGCGAGACGCACUCCGGGCCUGGGGCGGAGAAGGAGGCGACGAGAGCUGCGGGAUCCCGGGCCCGGCGGACGGCGGGCGGGAUGGAGGCCACCUUGGAGCAGCACUUGGAGGAUACAAUGAAGAAUCCAUCCAUUGUUGGAGUCCUGUGCACAGAUUCACAAGGACUUAAUCUGGGCUGCCGUGGGACCCUGUCAGAUGAACAUGCUGGGGUGAUAUCUGUUCUAGCCCAGCAAGCAGCUAAGCUGACCUCAGACCCCACUGAUAUUCCUGUGGUGUGUCUAGAAUCAGAUAAUGGGAACAUUAUGAUCCAGAAGCAUGACGGCAUCACUGUGGCAGUGCACAAGAUGGCCUCUUGACGGCUUAUAUCAGUUCUCCAGCAGCCUGUCACCAGGGCUCAAUCCUACCUGUGUAAAUGAUCUUGUAGAACUAUGAAAGUCCCAGUAGUUAGGCCAUUUAUUUAGUGUUGUAUUGGGCACAUUUCUAUUAAUUUUAGAGUAAGCUGCUUUUUGACACUCAAUGGACUGACUUAACCCAAAUAUUAGUAAGAAAGGAUCAUGUUUUGAAGCAGCAGGUCCAGGUCACUUUGUACAUAGAGUUUUCUUAUGUUCAAUAAAUCUGGUCAGAGGAAA